CCAACCCCUCUCUCUCUCUCUCUCUCUCAUCUGCAACUCUCCCAACGGAUUAUCACUGCUGAUCUCAACUCUGAUCCUCUGACGCUAUCUCACUCCAACACCGAGCCGCCUGAGCCGCCGCUGCCAAUCAUCGAAGCCAGUAAAGCGCCGUCUCGUAUUCGAUCGACUGCUUUUCUCUCUCUCUCCCCGUCCCGAAACCUAAUCACGGAAGCACAUUUCUCACUCCUCUUCGUGACUCGAUCUCUGCACCGUUCGCCGAGGUCAAGUCAAUUGCAUUCCAAGCUGAGAAGUGGGUUUCGAGCACUUGGUACGAAUCUAAGUGAUCACUGAAUUUUGAAGCUCCGAGUGAUUACUGCAUGUCUGAGUAAUUACCGUUCGCUGAGUGAAGUUAAGUUUGCAAGUGAAUUGAUGAAUGGAAGGGCUUAGUUUUGAGGGCUAGGAUGACGUCGGAUGUUAACAGGGCUGGAUGCUCUGCUGAGAGGGAUAUCGAGCAGGCCGUUACUGCUCUUAAGAAAGGAGCGUAUUUGCUCAAGUAUGGAAGAAGGGGAAAACCUAAGUUUUGUCCCUUCCGGCUCGCAAAUGAUGAAUCUGUACUAAUAUGGUUCUCAGGGAAAGAAGAGAAACGCCUCAGACUAAGUCAUGUAUCCAGAAUUAUUGCUGGGCAACGUACUCCAAUCUUUCAGAGGCAUCCACGGCCAGAGAAGGAGUACCAGUCCUUCUCGCUUAUAUAUAAUGACAGGUCAUUGGAUUUGAUUUGUAAAGAUAAGGACGAAGCUGAGGUAUGGUUUAGUGGUCUGAAGGCAUUGAUUUCACGUGGCCAUCAACGGAAGUGGAGAACAGAAUCAAGGAGUGAUGGUAUUCCAUCUGAAGCUACAAGUCCCCGAACAUAUACAAGGAGGAGUUCUCCUCUGCAUUCUCCAUUUGCUAGUGGCAAUUGCUUGCAGAAGGAUGGUGAUCAGCUUCGACUUCAUAGUCCAUAUGAAAGCCCCCCAAAAAAUGGUCUGGACAAGGCAUUUUCGGAUGUAAUACUAUAUCCUGUGCCUGCAAAGAGUUUCUUGCCCCCAGACUGUGCCAGUGGUUCUGUACAUUCUAUAUCAACCGGAGGCUCUGAUGGCCUACAUGGUCACAUGAAAGCAACGGGGAUGGAUGCUUUCAGGGUAAGUCUAUCGAGUGCUGUUAGCUCAUCAAGCCAAGGUUCUGGUCAUGAUGAUGGUGAUGCCUUAGGGGAUGUUUUCAUUUGGGGGGAGGGUAUUGGAGAUGGUGUUCUCGGUGGUGGACCCCACAGAGCUGGGAGUUGUUUUGGUGUUAAAAUGGACUCUUUGUUGCCUAAAGCAUUAGAGUCUGCAGUAGUUCUUGAUGUCCAAAAUAUUGCUUGUGGUGGACGGCAUGCUGUCUUAGUAACCAAACGAGGAGAGAUUUUUUCCUGGGGGGAGGAAUCCCGUGGUAGGCUUGGGCAUGGUGUAGAUUCUGAUGUUUUGCAUCCAAAGCUCAUUGACGCUCUAGGCUCUACCAAUAUUGAGCUUGUAGCUUGCGGUGAGUACCAUACUUGUGCUGUAACAUUUUCUGGUGAUUUGUAUACAUGGGGUGAUGGCCAUCUCGGUCUUCUUGGGCAUGGGAAUGCAGUCAGUCACUGGGCCCCAAAAAGGGUGAAUGGCCCUUUGGAGGGUAUUCAUGUUUCGUCUCUCUCUUGUGGACCUUGGCAUACUGCUGUUGUGACCUCUUCCGGGCAAUUGUUUACUUUUGGCGAUGGAACGUUUGGUGUUUUGGGUCAUGGAGAUCGAGAAAGUGUUUCUAAACCCAGGGAAGUGGACUCCCUUAAGGGGCUCCGGACUGUACGGGCCGCUUGUGGGGUUUGGCAUACUGCUGCUGUUGUAGAAGUCAUGGUUGGGAAUUCAAGUUCUAGCAACUGUUCUUCUGGAAAACUGUUCACAUGGGGAGAUGGGGACAAAGGUCGACUUGGGCACAGUGACAAGGAAGCAAAACUUGUGCCAACAUGUGUUGCUGCUCUUGUUGAACCCAAUUUUUGCCAAGUGGCAUGCGGGCAUAGCCUGACUGUCGCACUUACAACUUCUGGCCAUGUCUACACAAUGGGUAGUCCUGUUUAUGGCCAGCUUGGAAAAUUGCAAGCUGAUGGAAAGCUCCCUACUCGUGUUGAAGGAAAACUCUUAAAGAGUUUCGUGGAGGAGAUUGCUUGUGGUGCCUAUCAUGUUGCCGUUUUAACUUCGAGAACUGAAGUUUACACUUGGGGAAAGGGUGCAAAUGGUCGAUUAGGUCAUGGGGAUACAGAUGACAGGAAUUCUCCCACUUUAGUAGAAGCACUGAAAGACAAACAAGUCAAAAGUAUUGCUUGUGGCACUAAUUUUACUGCAGCUAUCUGCCUGCAUAAGUGGUUAUCAGGGGUUGAUCAGUCUAUGUGCUCUGGUUGUCGUCUGCCAUUCAAUUUCAAAAGAAAACGUCAUAAUUGCUACAAUUGUGGACUUGUUUUCUGUCAUUCAUGUAGUAGCAAGAAGUCACUUAAGGCCUCUAUGGCACCAAACCCCAACAAACCUUAUCGCGUUUGUGAUAUUUGUUUUGGUAAACUGAAGAAAGCCAGUGAACCUGAUGCGUCUUCUCAGUCUACUGUGACUAGAAGAGAAAGCAUGAAUCGGGGGCUAAAUGAACUAACUGAAAAAGAUGAAAUGUUGGAUUCCAAAUCUCAUCCUCAUCUAGGUAGAUUUUCCUCAAUGGAGUCCUUCAAGCAAGGAGAAAGUCGUUCCUCCAAGAGAAACAAAAAGCUAGAAUACAAUAGCAGUCGUGUAUCACCUAUUCCGAAUGGAAAUUCCCAAUGGGGGGCUCUUAAUGUCUCUAAAUCAUUUAAUCCAGUUUUUGGCUCAUCUAAGAAAUUCUUCUCAGCUUCUGUGCCUGGGUCGAGAAUUGUUUCUCGAGCAACAUCACCAAUAUCAAGACGACCAAGCCCACCUCGCUCCACGACGCCAACACCUACUCUAGGUGGACUCACCUCUCCAAAAAUCGGUGUGGAUGAUGCUAAGGGAACAAAUGAUAGCCUUGAUCAAGAAGUUAUUAGAUUAAAAGCACAGGUGGAAAAUCUUACCCGUAAAGGUAAACUUCAAGAAGUAGAGUUGGAAAGAACUACUAAGCAACUGAAGGAGGCAAUUGCGAUUGCAGGGGAAGAAACAGCAAAAUGCAAAGCAGCGAAGGAAGUGAUCAAGUCACUUACUGCCCAACUGAAGGAGAUGGCUGAAAGGUUACCUGUGGGAGCGGCUCGAAGUAUCAAAUCACCUUCCUUAGUUUCCUCGGGCUCCAAUCCCAUUUCAAACACUUCUACUGACCAAUUGAAUGAUCAACUAACAUACCAAGAACCAGAUUCUAACGGAUUAAACUUCCGUUUGCUUUCUAAUGGGUCAAGUACUGCUAGUAACCGCAGUUCGGGCCCCACCAGACAAGGCUAUUCAGAAUCAGUUACCAAAAAUGGCAGCCGAACAAAAGAAGGCGAUUCUCGUAAUGACAGUCAGUGGGUUGAGCAAGAUGAGCCAGGUGUUUAUAUCACACUAACAGCAUUACCUGGAGGAGAUAAAGAUCUUAAGAGAGUACGGUUCAGUCGGAAGCGUUUUAGUGAGAAACAAGCAGAGCAAUGGUGGGCAGAGAAUCGGGCCAGGGUGUACGAACGGUACAACGUACGCAUGGUCGACAAGUCAAGCAUGGGGAGCGAGGACUUAGGACGCUGACGUUCGGAAGUUUUAACAGUAAGACAAGUGCAGUUCUUUUUUUGUCUGCAUUCCUGCUUCCAUUACCAGGAAGGCCUCAUCGAUUUAUUAAACGUUGCGGGCAUUAAGGUUGCUUUGAAAUUAGAAAAGUAUAGGGGUUAUGUUGUGUUUUCUAGUAAUUUUUAACUUGAUUUGUAUUUUUCAUUUUUUCCCCAGUAUGCGACUUGUGUGGGGGCCAUUGAGGGUAACUGAUGCAAAUUCUCUGUAGGUUGCAGCCUCUUGUUCUAAAGGGUCUGAAAUGUAAAUUCCAUAAGCCAAUGCAAAAAUGCAUCUUCAAUUUUACCA